AUGCUCGUUCACAGAAGAAUAGUGCUUCAACUUGGAGCUAUGUUUUUAAUAGUGACAUUAAAAACUCACGGUGUCGUGACUAGAUCUAUCACAGACAGUGGUCAUCAGCAAAAAUCAUUGCUAGGGCCCGAAACAGCCAGCAAGGUGAUUCCUUCAACAAACAGGACAGAUCACCACUCCGCAUCAAAACUGAAUCAUAACUUACACGUGACGCCCAACGAUUAUAACGCGAAAAGCACGAGUGGUGUGAACUUGACUCACGUGAGUGCUAAAGUUGUGGACGAUACUUUUUCAAAUGUAAAUAAAUCAAUGCAUAAAAACUACUUUGAUAAUGAUUUAAGUUAUUUUCAGCAAAGCUCAACUGAAGCGGGCCUCUUAAAUUCAUUCAUAUCAUCUGAUCAUAACUUCUCGAAAACAUCUGAAGAUACAAAUUCUUCAGAAUCCUCAUUUUCUGCACAAUUUGUAGCGAACAAUAUCACAGAAGUGCCAUUCGAAAGUUUAACAAUUCUAGGCGAGGGUCAAGUUGGAGGACCUUUCAACGUAUCCAUUCUGCGAAGUACUGACAGCACAGAUCUCAAUGGUUCCACAAAACAAAACUUCGGCCCAGACUUGAAAAAGCUAAAAGAGAACGUAGAUAGCUUUAAAGAUAAUUUUAGAAAAUUAUUGCUCGAGGCAGAUUCUCCGUCAGGAGAAGAUUUGAAGAAUCAGAUAAAUUCAAGAAAUACGUCUGAACAACAAGACAGCGAAAGAUCUUCAUUGACAGAUUCCAUGAACCUAAAUACCUCUUCUUCGGAUCAGGAUUUCCACGAUAUAUUGUAUGCCGAAGGAUCACCUUCUGAUAUGGAAUUAUCGCCUAAAGACUAUAAUCCUACACUCAAAGCUUUUAAAAGAGAUCCAAGUCACAGAAAAAACUUUGUUGCCAACGUAACUGAAAUAAGUCAAAAAGUUGGGAAUUUCAUACAGAAACAGUAUUGGGACACCGAAGCACAAAGCUCUCAGGAUGAACUCCUUCCUCGAGGUUUAGAGACUCUGGUAAGCGGUGUUGAAGAAUCUGAACUGCCUUCAUCUCAGGUACUACAGCAAUGGGUGAACCUCGAGGAGAAUUUCAGAGAGUCUGUAGACGCUGUAGUUCGACAAGCAUUACCACUACUGGUCCGAGCUUCUUCAGAGAUGCAACUGAGCAACGGUUGUUACACUAGUUUCUUUCAAUUGCUGCUGGGAUUGAGAAGACUGAGACCAUGGGCUUUCCAAAUGAUUGACGCUUUUGGGAAACCUCCAGCUGGUAUGCUUCAAGGAACAGUGACGUCAUUUGGUGCUUAUGACGAAUGCGUCAACAUUGUGGCCAUGUCCGAUUCAAAGAAGAAAAGUUAUUCUCAGCAGUAUUUUAGAGGAAAGUACUGUACUGUGGAAAUCAAGCCUCCUUUACCACCCAAGCCUCAGUAUUACACAAUGUAUCAACCUGUCAGCAUACUUGCAAAUUUUUCCAACGGCGAUGAUAAUGUUAUACGCCAAGCUGCUCGCCAAGCUCAUGCUUUCUAUUUCCUCACUUAUCGUAUGGAUGUCUGUGUGCCAUCUACUUGUACUCAAGAUGAUGUUAACAAUAUGGCUCAGUUUGCUGCGAAAUACAUCGAUAUUGAAGUUGCAGUGCCAAGAUGCAGUGUCAAAGAAAAUUUAGAAUGGGACAGAAAUCAAGUUAUAAUAAUCUGCAUCGUAGGAGUUCUUUUUUCAUUCGUGGUGUUUGGUACUUUCUUAGAUACCUUGGGGGAGAUCUUUCACAAAACAAAAGCGUUAGGAAGAUGUCUUAACAAUUUGGUGGCGAAGUUCCUUUUGUCCUUCUCCUUGAACACCAAUUCGAAUCUUCUGCUGAACACAGACGAUGGUGAAAGUGGUCUCGAUUCCUUGCAUGGCAUGAGGUUCUUUGGGAUGGGGUGGUUAGUACUUGGACAUACCUACUUCAACAGCAACGUGCAGAUGUAUGGUAACUUAUCUGAAGCAAGUGCAUUCGCUGAAGGGUUUUUAUUCCAGAUCAUCGUCAACUCUACCGUAUCCAUUGACACGUUCUUUUUUAUAAGUGCUGUAUUAUUAUCGUAUCUGACGCUGCAAAGUACUAGCAAGCAUGGAUAUUACAGUAUACCAAGGUUGUUCUUGAGGCGAUUAAUAAGGACCUUGCCUCCUUACAUGAUGGUCAUAGCAGCCACACUUCUUCUACCACACCUUGGGUCUGGACCGUUCUGGAACGAAACUGUUGAUCCCGUUGUGGAAUCUUGCAAACAAAAUUGGUGGACCAACAUACUUUUUAUCAACAAUUUCGUCACAACGCCGGUGCAAAGGUGCUUGGAACAUUCUUGGUACCUUUCGUGCGAUUUCCAGUUGUUCACCAUCGCCUUGUUCUUACUUCUAGCUCUUAACAGACAUCCAGCACUCGGCAUAGCACUUAAUAUCGUUAUGAUUAUGGUAUCCAUGGUGAUGACCGGACUCCUGACUUAUUACUACAAGGUGCCACCAACUUUGCUUGCGAGUUUUCCUGAUCCAGAAGAGAGAAAAUUCUUGAAUCAUGUAGUUAUCAGUAAGCCAUACUGCCAUCUUGGACCCUAUUGCGUAGGACUUCUUACUGGAUAUCUAUUUUACAAAUGUCGGGAAAUUAAGUUAAAAGCGUACCACCACAUUUUGGGCUGGGGUAGUUCCAUCGCGGUCACCGCAGCAGUGGUGUACGGGGUGCUUGAAUGGAACAAAGGCAACAUGCCAUCCACAGCGGCUGCUCUGGCUUAUGCUGCAACCCAUCGAACUGCAUGGGCAUUAGGUCUUUCUUGGAUAACUGUUAUAUGCGUAGCUGGCUAUGGAAGUAUCAUCAGUCGAAUUUUAUCCUUUAAAGUAUUUGUUCCUUUGAGUCGUUUGACAUACAUGGUGUACCUCAUCCAUCCAUUAAUUCAAUAUAUACUCACCGGUUAUAUUAGAGAGAGAUUACAAACGAAUCACAUUAUCCUGGCAUAUUUUUUCUUUGGACACAUAAUGACAUCCUAUGCUUUAUCUGCCGCUUGCUUCUUCCUGUUUGAUGGCCCUGUCGAGGCACUGAUGAAUCUGCUUUUGGGAAAUUGCACUGCACCAGCGCCAGAACUCUCGAAAACAUCGGCCGUCAAGAAGCUUUCUAACAACAACAUACAAACUGAAAAAGAACGAAAUAUGUCACUUAGAAUUACAAGUUGAAAGAUAGAGGCAUUUCGUUUGAGUCUUCAACGAAAAUUAAGUUAUCGGUGAUUAAGCCCUGUUCAUUCAAUGAGACUCUUGAACGAGACACGUGCAAGUUGAAGUUCUGAUGGACGUGAAAAGCCUAGGUUGCCGAUUUUUUCAUACAUGGCCAAACUUGAUUCUUAUAGUCCGUGACAAUCAUUGAAAUUCAUAGCAACAAAAAGUGCGCUAAGGCAUUCCCUGUUUUACAUUCAUACAAACAAAAUAUCCAAUCCCUGUCCCAUCAAAAAUAAAGAAACUUUGAAACGUUGUCAUUGAUUGGUGAAUUCAGCGCCUCUUGUGGUCGGAAUGGGCAACAUAUGAACUUUCGAUGUUUUCGAUAAUUUCAGGAGCAAAUCAUCUGAGGCUCCUAGUUGCAUCGGUUUAACACAGAAAAGUCAUAAAUUAUCUAGGCACGUAAAGCGUAAGCGAAUCACGUACGGUCAUGUUUCAUAACAAUGGCUGUUCAUCUCACCAUUAUAGGUUAAAACCUAACAUUCACGUAUUCGAUAAUUUAAAAGAAAUUUCUUAAAUUCGACAAAAGAUGCAACAUGCGAAAAAGCAAACUUCAGGAUGUUUGUUGGCUUUUGAAUGAUCUAUUUAUUGUUUUGAACAAUCCAUUUGAGUUUUCACGAAAGGCUACCCCAACCUGCCCACUGUUACGUAAAAACAACAACUUGUCUGACUGCCUUUAUUACACACCACAGUUAUAAUUCUAGAGAUUCAUUGCUUUCUUCUACGUAAGCUCAUUGGGCAACUUUGCAUUGUGUGUUCUUGAAAUCCAACACUCAAGAAGAGCUUCAAAUAUGUAUUUAAGAUGUGUGUCAGGAUUUUUUCUAACCUUCCUAGAAACGUAUUUUCUGUCUAAAGCUAUAUUUAAAAGUUGAAUGUAUUAUAAAACGAUAACUAAAGAGGAAGUAGAAGAACAUAUGGAACGCACUGAUGAUGGAACUAGUAGUGCCUUUCUUAAAGAUUGCAUGAAAAAGAUAUUUUUUGUCACUUUUCAAUAAAAAGUGAAACUGUGUAAAUAUGUAAAAAAUCCGAAAUCAUUAAUUGCAUUUUGCUGAUGUGUGGGUUUACAUAAUCCAUUGAACAAU